AUGCCUUGUCUACCAACCCGAAAUGAUAUAGUCGCAGAAAUUGAUGAAGGGUUAUCUGCAAUUCUCAAUAAUGCUUUAGCUGAACAAGAAGAGAUUCCUUUCAUGGCUAUCGAUUUUGAGGGUUCAUCAGAAAAAAUAGGCGAAAAAAAUCAUUAUGUUUUACGUCUUUACGGCUCUCUCAUCAAUGGUCAAAAAGCAGUAGUUACUUUUACAGGAAUCCAGAUUUUCUUUGAUACACUUGUACCUGUUAAUGAAUUUGUAGAUGACUUUAAAAUAAAAAUAGACACAAUUCUUUCUAGUAUUAUAAAUACCUAUAAAAUAGAAUAUAUUAAGGCCUUCCCCUUGCGCGGUUACUAUACAGAAAAAAAGUCAUAUUUACGAAUUUUUACACUUGGUAGUGGGGAUAGGAAGAAAGUUCUCCAAGCUAUCCAAGAUAACAAUUUCGAAAUUGCUUCAGAUGAUAUGUUCUCAUUCCACCAUAAAAUAGCUAGAGAAAAUGGAAUUGUGAUUUCUGCACAACUUGCUUCGUUAGGAAAGAAAAAGGAACGCCUUGGGAAAAUGAUAAGUUCGGUUAAAGUAAAAG